AUGAAUGAGGAAUACUCUACAUCACCAUUUAUGAAUGAGGAAUACUCUGCAUCACCAUUUAUGAAUGAGGAAUACUCUACAUCACCAUUUAUGGAUGAGGAAUACUCUGCAUCACCAUUUAUGGAUGAGAAAUACUCUACAUCACCAUUUAUGAAUGAGGAAUACUCUACAUCACCAUUUAUGAAUGAGGAAUACUCUACAUCACCAUUUAUGGAUGAGAAAUACUCUACAUCACCAUUUAUGGAUGAGGAAUACUCUACAUCACCAUUUAUGGAUGAGAAAUACUCUACAUCACCAUUUAUGAAUGAGGAAUACUCUACAUCACCAUUUAUGAAUGAGGAAUACUCUACAUCACCAUUUAUGAAUGAGGAAUACUCUACAUCACUAUUUAUGAAUGAGGAAUACUCUACAUCACCAUUUAUGAAUGAGGAAUACUCUACAUCACCAUUUAUUUAG